UUUUUCGUGCAGUCUGGCGUCUGCUUGGGCUCAGGCGGAGCGCAGUCCCGGAAGGUGGGGCUUGGGGCGCUGUGGUGCAUGACGCUCGGCUCAGUUAGGCCUUGCUCUCUCCCGGGCGCCAUGGUCCAGCUCACCACCAGCCGCGGCAGCCCUGAACAGCCCGCCGCGUGUCUGUUCUUGGUGGUCGGCUCGGUCGGGGCGGCACCGGUGGCUUGCUUGUCCCCUGGCCGCAGUGAAGAAUCGCGAAGCACUUUUUGACCCUCAGUGACCGCACUGCUCCCUUUAAAGUCCUUCCUAGAGCUCUCUACCACCCUCCGGGAACUGCUCGCUGACACUGCCAUCGUUCUGGACAUCGUGUUUGAACAACCUCAGUUCAGGGACCUCAACGCCUGUUUGCUUUAAGGUCCUUUAUUCUCCAGACCCCGUAAAUUUGCUACUCGCCACAUGUUAAUUUUCACUGGAAUUUAACUUGGCACGCCCGUGACCCCCUUCUCCUGGGCCAGAGAAUUCGUGCUCAACCUGGACUAAAUGCAAGCGUCUCCUCUUGUAAAACUUCUCUGACUUAUUCAGUCAAAGUUUCACCCACUUUCACCCACUGUGCCACUUCAAAAUCUAGUAGAUAGCUGUUAUAUGAUUGUUGAUCCGCUUUUGUCUUUCCUAUACCAGAUUCCUUAAAGGCUGGAGGGUUCUUUUAUCCGUGCACUGCCAGUUCCUGGCAUGUAGUACAUAGUCAACAAAUGAUCACUAAGUUAAUGAGAGCAUCACCCUCACCUCCCUUUCUAAAGUGGAAGAGGCAUCCUUCCUGUCUUAAGCCUUAACCAGUGUUCAAGAUCACAUCCCGUCAAUCAUCCAGUGUGUUUGUUGUCUAUGCCUUGUUCCCUUCAGCUAAAAUAUUCUAAAUUGUCCUUGUCUCUGUUUACUAUCCUUGCUCUUUCCUUUUCAGCCAAGCUCCCCAAAAGCAUAGUGUACAAAUCCUGUCCGUUUGCUUGCUUCCCAUUGUUUCAUCCACUGCAAUCUAGCUCUCAGCCCCAUUAUUUCAAUGAAAUUGCUCUUACCAAAGUCAUCAAUUAAUCAAACAAGAAAUUGGGUGGGCUCUUCCUUUUCCUCAUACCACUUACUUUCUGUUGUACUUUACUCAUUUGACUUCUAAAGAAUCUCUUGCCUUUCUCUUAUCUUUCUGGCUACUUCUCGGUCUUCCUUUCAGGUUCUUCUGACUUUGUCCACUGUAUAAAUGUUGGUGUUCUUCAGCCUUCUGUCCUUGCCCCUCUUGACUCUUCAUAGUACACAGUCUUCUUGGGUGAACUCAUCUUGGGUGGCUUCAAUCCACAUCUCUGUUUCUGAGCUCCACACUCAUAUUUACUUAAUUUCCGGUUAGCAUCCAUUGGACAUUCUAAGACAAACUGGAUAGACAUAUCCAAAGACUUUGAUCUUCCCAGCUCACUAGUGCCAUCUUUAUUCUCUAUUUUGGUGAGUACUCUUGUCCACCUACAUAGUCAUGUUAGGGAAACUUGGAAAUUGUCCCUAAGCAUUCUUUUGCUCUUAAUACACUGUCACCAUAUCCUUGUUUCUAUCCCUAUCUCCUAAAUCUGCUUCCUCCUUUUUAGCCCUCUUGUCACUGCCUUCAUUAAGGCCCUCAUCAUAUCUCUUAUCUGGAGUUCAGCACCGUCCUCUGCUCACCCUGUCUGCAUUCUAACCCUCCUCCAAACCCCCCACCCUUCACACUUCUGCCAGGUUAAUCCUCACAAAACAUGUCUUUCAUCCUUUUACUUACUUGAUCAAAAAGUUCAGUUGCUCCCUAUUAUUAACAGAAUGCAGCCCACUUGCCUUUCCAAACUAAUCUCAGCUUCAAGCUUUCUACUACAGCCACACUUGACACAUCCCUUCUACCUUUUUGCCUGUGCUAGUCCCAUUCCUCAUACCUGCAGUACUCAUCUUCCUGACCAGAAGUUCUGAAUCAUCCUCAACCCUUAAGUCCUCCCUUAUAUUCUGCUUCUUCCCAGAACAUUCCAGUCUACAGUGAUAAUAGCCAAAUACACCUUGCAGUUUACAAAAUGCAUCUGCCUAAGAGAUCAACACUACCAGCCCCAUUUUAUGAAGGAGAGAAUUGAGGCACAGAAGGCUGACUGGCUUACCAGAGACUAUGGAGCUGCUAAGAGACAGAGCCUGGGCCUCGCCUUUAAUCUUUUCUCUCCAGAUCUCCUGCUUUUACCUCAGUGACCACUCCCUCUCUGACCUCACAGCAUUAUGGUCUUUAUCACUCCUUCAAUCCUUAAUCACAGACUGCCUGUUACCAGCAGAAAGAGGGGCCUUGAGUGUGGGGGGCAAGGCCUAGGAAGAGAUCAUCCUCCACUGGACAUCAAAACUGGCCAGUAAGUGCACAAGUGAUGAGCUGAGUUGCCUGGAAACUACCCUUGAGAAGAUGGACUGUGAAUGGAGCUCUGGUGCUGUUGGAUCAUUAUCCAGAAAAUAUGAAGAACUCCUACAACUCAACAAUAAGAAACAACACAAUUAAAAAAUGACGAAGAACUUGAAUAGAUACUUCUCCAAACAAGAUACCCAAAUGCCCAAGCUCAUCUCCUGUCCUGGGUGUAAGCGAGUGUACCUUACCAAGGAUGUAACUGAACGUUUUUUUCGGCAGUACUUUUCUACUGGACAGUCCACGAUGGCCAGGAGCUGCUCUGAGUGCAAAGAGAAGAGGGCGGCACACAUCCUCUGUACCUACUGCAACCGCUGGCUGUGCAGCUCCUGCACGGAGGAGCACCGGCAUGGCCCUGCCCCUGGCGGGCCGCUCUUUACCCGGACUCAGAAGGGAUCUCCAGGAGUGAAUGGUGGUUCCGGAGACUUCGCCUUGUACUGUCCUCUACACACACAGGAAGUACUCAAGCUAUUCUGCGAGACCUGUGAUGUGCUCACAUGCCAUAGCUGCCUCAUGGUGGAGCACAAAGAACACAGGUGCAGACAUCUUGAAGAAGUUUUGCAAAACCAGAGGAUGCUUCUGGAAAGUGUGACUACACAGGUGGCACAUAAGAAAUCCAGCCUACAGACAUCUGCAAAGCAAAUUGAGGACAGGAUUUUUGAGGUGAAGCAUCAGCACAGGAAGGUGGAAAACCAGAUCAAAAUGGCCAAGAUGGUUCUGAUGAAUGAGCUGAACAAACAGGCCAACGGGCUCAUAGAGGAGUUGGAGGGGAUUACUAAUGAGAGGAAGCGGAAGCUGGAGCAGCAGUUACAGAGCAUCAUGGUUCUCAACCGUCAGUUUGAGCAUGUGCAGAAUUUCAUUAAUUGGGCUGUCUGCAGCAAAACCAGCAUCCCUUUCCUUUUCAGCAAAGAGCUGAUUGUGUUUCAGAUGCAGCGAUUGCUGGAGACAAAUUGUAACACAGACCCUGGCUCCCCCUGGAGUAUUAGAUUCACUUGGGAGCCUAACUUCUGGACCAAGCAGCUGGCUUCCCUUGGCUGUAUAACUACUGAGGGUGGACAGCUGUCCCGGGCAGAUACUCCUGCUUAUGGAGGCUUACAGGGACCAUCAUCUUUUUAUCAAAGCCACCAGUCCCCAGUGGCUCAGCAAGAGACUCUUAGCCAUCCCUCACACAAGUUCCAAUCUCCAGCACUGUGUUCCUCAUCUGUGUGCUGCUCCCACUGCUCCCCAGUCUCGCCCUCCCUCAAAGGCCAGGUCCCCCCACCCAGCAUACACCCAGCCCACAGCUUUAGGCAGCCCUCUGAGAUGGUGCCCCAACAGCUGGGGUCACUGCAGUGCUCCACCCUGCUGCCUAGGGAGAAAGAACUGCCGUGCAAUCCUCAUCCACCAAAGCUGCUGCAGCCCUGGCUGGAAACCCAGCCCCCCGUGGAGCAGGAGAGCACAUCCCAGCGGCUGGGGCAGCAGCUGACUUCCCAGCCUGUGUGCAUCGUCCCCCCGCAGGAUGUUCAGCCAGGAGCCCAUGCCCAGCCCACCUUACAGUCACCCUCUAUCCAAGUCCAGUUCGGCCACCACCAGAAGCUGAAGCUCAGCCACUUUCAGCAGCAGCCGCAGCAGCAGCUGCCACUUCCACCACCUCCGCCACCUCCACCCCAGCAGCAGCCCGCCCCACCUCUACCUCCAUCCCAGCAUCUGGCUUCUAGUCAGCACGAGAGCCCUCCUGGGCCCGCCUGUUCUCAGAACGUGGACAUAAUGCACCACAAGUUCGAGCUGGAGGAGAUGCAGAAGGACCUGGAGCUCCUCCUUCAGGCUCAACAGCCCAGCCUGCAGCUGAGUCAGACCAAAUCUCCUCAGCACCUUCAGCAAACCAUUGUGGGGCAGAUCAACUACAUCGUGAGGCAGCCGGCCCCCGUCCAGUCCCAGAGCCAGGAGGACACCAUGCAGGCUACAGAUGAGCCCCCAGCAUCUGAAGGCCCAAAGCCAGCCCUCCCUCUUGACAAGAAUACUGCUGCUAACUUGCCCCAGGCAUCUGGGGAAGAAACACCUCACAGUGUCCCCUCACAGGGCAACGCCAUCCAGCAUUCCUCUCCAAAUGUGGUGAGAAAGCACUCCACUUCUGUGAGCAUCAUGGGCUUUUCCAACACUGUGGAGAUGGAGCUGUCUUCUACCAGGCUGGCAAGAACCCUAGAGCCACAGAUUCAGAGCAUGAGCAGCCUGACAGCUGGCACCCCACAGGUGGUACCAAGCCUGCUGAGUGGCCCCCCACCAACUGUGUCCAGUCUGACAAGUCACAAUCAGGCAAUGUCCAGCCUCACAGCCAGUCACCUGCCGACCAUGCCCAGCCUUGUGCGUGGCACACCCCAAUCCAUGCCCAGCCUGAUAAGUGAUCCCUCCCAGGCCAUCACAAGCCUGGCAAGUGAUCACUCUCAGGCCAGGCCCAGCCUGGUGUCUGGUCCCACCCAGGCUGUGCCAGGCUGUCCUCUGCAGAGCUUGCCUCCGGCUUCUGACGUGCAGCCGGAAACUGGAUCCAGCUGCAGUCCUGGCUCUGGCCGAGCUGCAGUGAGCCUGUGCCCUGGGGAUGGGGCUGACCCCUCCCUGGGGAAUGCCCUGUGCAAGAUGGAAAAUGAGGAUUCUACCCGCUUCACUGACUCUCUGGGACAAGGCCCCACAGCUCCUGGUCUGGAUGCUUCUAAGGACUUAGCUAUCCCCUCAGAGCUGGAGGAGCCCAUUAACCUCUCUGUGAAAAAACCUGCACUGGUCCCCGUGGGCAACACUUCCGUGGCCCUGCAGCAGUACCAGAGCCCAAAAGAGUAUGAGACUUUUGAACAAGGAGCCCUAGGGCUGGAUACAAAAGGGAACCAGAGCAUCAGACCCUUCAAUAGUGAGCCCAAGAUUCCCUAUGUGCGACUGGAACGGCUCAAGAUCUGUGCUGCCUCCUCAGGAGAGAUGCCUGUGUUCAAGCUGAAGCCACAGAAGAAUGAUCAGGAUGGGAGCUUCCUGCUGAUCAUUGAAUGUGGUACUGAAUCCUCCAGCAUGUCCAUUAAGGUCAGCCAGAACAACGUGCCUGAUGCCAUCCAGGCCCCAAAUCUGGGGGGAAGAAAGGUCACUGUCACAUCUCUGGCUGAGCAGCGGCCCCCAGAUGCAGAGAAUUCACCUUCUGAAGAACACAGGCUCAUUCCUCGAACCCCUGGAGCUAAGAAGGGGCCUCCGGUACCAAUAGAGAAUGAGGAUUUCUGUGCUGUGUGUCUCAAUGGGGGAGAGUUGCUAUGCUGUGAUCGCUGCCCCAAAGUGUACCACCUUUCCUGCCACCUGCCAGCCUUGCUUAGCUUCCCAGGGGGAGAUUGGGUGUGUACCUUGUGCCGCAGCCUGACCCAGCCUGAGAUGGAGUACGACUGCGAAAAUGCCCGUUAUAACCAGCCUGGGGUGCGGGCCCCUCCUGGCCUGAGCAUAUAUGAUCAGAAGAAGUGUGAGAAGCUGGUACUCUCCUUGUGCUGCAACAGCCUCAGCCUGCCCUUCCACGAACCUGUCAGCCCACUGGCCCGGCAUUAUUACCAGAUUAUCAAGAGGCCCAUGGACCUGUCCAUCAUCCGGAGGAAGCUGCAAAAGAAGGACCCAGCUCACUACACCACCCCGGAGGAGGUGGUGUCAGACGUCCGCCUCAUGUUCUGGAACUGUGCUAAGUUCAAUUAUCCUGACUCAGAGGUUGCAGAGGCAGGCCGCUGCCUGGAAGUGUUCUUUGAGGGCUGGUUGAAGGAGAUCUACCCGGAGAAACGGUUUGCUCAGCCAAGGCAGGAGGACUCAGACUCCGAGGAGGUGUCUAGUGAGAGUGGGUAUUCCACUCCCCAGGGCUUCCCAUGGCCCCACUAUGUGCAGGAGGGCAUCCAACCCAAGAGGCGGCGGCGACAUCUGGAGAAUGAAAGAGCAAAAAGAGUGUCGUUCCGCCUGGCCAACAGCAUCUCCCAGGUGUGAGAGCUGGAAGGAGGCUGAGCGCUCUGGCAGCUGGUGCCCCAUCCUGUUGACCACUCCUCCCCACCUUUCAGCUCAUUCUCUUCAGAUUGUGGAUAUGAGACAAGUCCUGUUGAGCCUGUAGUACCCUUCUUUGCCAUGUGCAUCUUACAGCAUUUAUUUGGGAGCCAUAGUGCAUCCACUACAGAGAAGAUUUCACUAAUAAACAGCAAAGAGGGGGGUGUUCCCUAUUAUCAGAACAAUCAGCUGUGUUGACACAGACCAAGCCCAGUCAGGCUCAGGAGGACCAACUUCCUUCAUGAAUUCUUUCUGCUGAGGAAAGCAGACUUUUCUCACCUUUCAGUGUGGAGGGCUCAGGAGCAAUGUAUAUAUGAACUCCUCCUGGGCCCAGAAGAGGGUAAAAGAAGGGAGAGAGGUUCUGACAUACUGCAGGCCUGUGAUCCCUGGCCCAGCACAGCCAAAGACUGUCACUGUUUGCCUUUGUUUGACCUGCUCAGACAGCAGCGCCUGCCCUGGGCAGGGUAAUGAGGCUUCCAAAGGCCACAGGUCUCAAUUGGUGCCUAUUCGGGUUCUAACGGUUUUCAGGGUAUUUGUUUUUCAUGCCCCCUUUCCUGAUGCUGACUUAAGCGGCUGCUGGGAAGCUCUGGAUAGUGUGGCAUUCGUGAUGGGGCUGGGUGGCUGUGCAGGGACCCCUUACAUCUUCAGGCUCAGAUCUCACUUGCAGGCUUGAGAAGGUGUUAACUUCAGAGCCUGCACUCUGUGCCACUUACUUUGGGCUAAUAGCUCUUCUUCGGUGUCAGAACCUGUUUCUUAGAAGUGAUUGUUGGUGGUCACUCCUUCAUUAUAUCCAUUCAGAGGCCCAGAUCCUGAGUUCUGCUUAGGAAAACUGUGAGACAGCUGUUGUCUGCUUCACAUGCAGUUUCCAGGCCAAGGAGAAUGACCCACAACCUGCUCACUCUGCUGGGCCUCUCCUUUUGCCUAGGGAUCCUAGUUCUCAACUCCUCCACAUCACAGAGCCAAAGAUUGGAAGUGAGUCCUCUGACUCGCCUGCCCCCAGGCUGUCCGCAGCCCAGAAAAUGCCAGGACUCUGCCGGCAGCCCUUUUUUGGUUGUAGGUUAGAGAAGGCCAGAGGGACUGGCGGGAGCCAGACCUAAGCAUUCAUGGAAGUUCUAUCUUGGGUGGAAAAGGGGAAACUGAGAGGUGAGAAUCCUCUUUGGUGUCCUUUGGUGACCCUGGAGCAAUUUCAGGACUUUCUUUCUCCUAGGGUGAAGGGAGAAGUGUUCUGGAGGCCCCGGGAACAGGAGCGUGCUCCAGGCUGCAUCUUGGAUGCAUCUUCAUGGUCUGCGCAGGGUGUUUGGGAAGAAGAGGCAUAGGCAGCUGCUGAGGGUCAGGCCACCUCACCAGCAAGGGCUUAGUUGAGAAGGAACCUGUUGCUGAUGUUGGCCUGGCCUGGCAACAGCUCUCCUUGGUCCUGUCAUGGCUUAGCUGAUGUCAAGGGAAUCUUAGGUCAUGGCUUUAUUUUUGCUAAGAGAUGCAGUUUAAGGAAGAUCUUUGUAGGGCCUUUGUUAAUAGGGAAGUUUUGAUCAGAGAAAAUGUUUUUCUCCUUGUGAGCUGAUGGUACUGCUCGUUUCUUCUGCACCAAGGCUGAGAGACCAUCUUCACUUCAAAGCAGACUGUGCCCACUGACUUGCCAUUCUUUCACCAGCACAUGCCAAGCUCUCCUAAGCAGCUGGGCUUCCAUAAUUUCUGUUUUCUAGUUUAUGGUAACUAAGUCUUGAAUACCAGGCAAUCUUUGGAUAUAACCCUCUGCUCUUUGGGGCUCAUAUGACUUUCUGGUUUGGGCGCUAGUCACUUCCCUUUCAGUUUUUGAAUCUUUUUCUCUGUUUAGUUGGCUUGGCAAGCUUCCCUCUGUAAUUACCUCAUUAAUUCCUCCUCUUGGUCAUCUUUCCUUUGUUUGGCCCCCUCUUCCCAUCUUCCCUGAAUGAGCUUUAUGGUGCUUUAUGUUGGGCAGCCAGGUGAGGGCUGUGACAGGCUCAAACCUGAUUGACAUCUUUCCCCAAGAUCAGUUGGAAACUAAAAGCUUAAAUGCUUGGCCUCCCUUCUAUCAGUGAAGUUCCCAGCUUGGGUGUAGCCUUCUGGGCCCAAGGAUCAGUCUGCUGGGCCAGGGAACCUCAGUAAAGUGGUAGAGAAUCACACAUUCCCUUCCCAUUGCAGAGACCCUGCAUGCUGAGAAGCUCCCUUUAGGCACCUAAGCAGGGAGGCAGGGGAGGUAGUGUGUCCUAUCCUCCAAGGGUGCAAGGCCCUGGCCCACUACACCAUUCCUUCAUUGGCGAUUCCACAGCACACAUUCUCCCUGGCUUUUCCUGGGUACUUAGCACCAAUGUUUUAAGUCAUGGUUUUGUUUUGUUUUUGCAUGCACAAAACAGCAUGACUUUUUAGAAAUUAAACAAAAGGCGACUAGCUGAGUAACUGACUUCAGUGACUCUUUGCUAGCAUUUAAGCUAAUCCUGCUUUUGACUUAUUCCCAUAAUGGCCCCAUUUUGGAGUCAGUUAAAUCCUUUGGCCAUUGACAAAGUCCUAAAGUGGAAACACAAGGAGCUCUGGAUUCUUGUGAUAUGGAAUGUAGUCCUAGAAGAGAAAUUUGGUUUCUUGUGUAUGCUGCUGAGAAACGGAAGAAUGGAGUGGCUUCAGCUGAUGCAAAGGAGAUUUCAGUGCACUCUUCUAGAACAUGAGUAGGUUGGCUCUGCUUAACUUCCAGCAAUUGCCAGCUAUACACCACCCUGCCUGCCUCUGCAGGUACCCCCUCCCUAGUGGCAGCCACCAGAUUCUCUGUCAGCUCUGCUCCACUGAAGGCCUUGCCAUCAACCCUGGCAGACUCUGGCUCCCUGUCCCCAUUUCUGGCAAUGGUCUUUGCCUUGCUGCUAAAACCCGACCCCUUCUUGUUUAUUCCUGGGCUCUGCUCCAUUUUCUCUCUCACUCCAUUGCUGUCACCUAUAGUCUCUUCUUCUGAACUCCCAAACUGAGACUCUGCUCUUUCUGGAUUAACAUCCCCUGUGCUGCUGUUUCUCACACUCCUCCACUGCCGUCUCUUUAAAUUGCCUGCUCCUUUAGCCCAGGUCCAAGACCUUAGCUCUCUGUGCUCUGAGUCUUUCAUCUUCUCCCGGACUUCUUCCUCUCUUGAGCCUAAAUCCAUGGUCCAUGCAUGACACACUGAUGUUUUUGUCAGCAUCCUGGACUUUCUCAUCCUUUCCAACUUUAGCUGAAACUACCAACCAUUCUUCAUUUUCUGCAUCAGCCUUUUUGGAUUCCUCUUUCUGGGCUGCUAAGCAUGACCAGUGCAGAGUUGACAGCCUCAGCUGGGCUCUCAGUAUCGAUUGGUAUGUCUUUGACUUCUCAUUACUCUACGUUCCAUCCAUGCCCUUCAUCUUUGCUCUCAGCGAAUGACUGACCUCAUUGCCUGCUUCACAGAAGAGAGGCUCUAAAGCAAGAACUUCCCUGUCCACUUGCUCCUCUCCCCCUCCCAUCCACCUGUGUCUGUAUCCCUCCUCAGCUCCCCCACAUUGCUCCUACUUGGUGCUCUAAUUCUUGCGUCCUGCUCUUUGUCCACCAAGACUUUGCUCCAUUGUUUUUCCCACUGCUCUCAUUUUCCAGGGUCUUCAACCUCCCUCUCCAUUUGUUACCUCCACAUAACUUACAAACAAACAAAUUUCUCCCCAAGAUUAAAACAAAAGUUCUUAGAGUCUGUUGCCUUUACAUUUUUUCCUUGUCAGCUAAGUUUCUU